ACAACAUUGUAACGAAGCACUAACUAUAAAAUACCAAUCAUCAAAGUCGUCAGGUCAAAUGGAACCAGAAACGGCAGGGUUUAAGUGGGAGGGUAAACAAGCAACCCAAGUCAACGGUGUCACGGCGGAGCAAGCCUGGUUGGUCGUUUCAGAUUUCUGCAACCUGCAUAAGUGGUUCCCAACUGUUGACACGUGUCGCAAAGUCGAAGGAACCGAUGGUCAGACUGGUCUAGUCAGAUACUGCGCUUCCACCACAACAAAGGAAGAAGAGGAAACCAAAUGGGCUAAGGAGCGUUUGGUCGAGAUCGAUCCAAUCGGACGGUGUUUGAGCUAUGAGGUCCUAGAGAAUAACGUGGGGUUCAGAUCUUACGUGGCGACGGUCAAAGUAAUGAAAGUGGACGUUGGAGAUGAAUCGGACGGUGGAAAGGUCUGUCGAAUCGAGUGGUCGUUUGUGUCUGAUCCUGUUGAUGGUUGGAAGAAGGAAGACCUUGAAGCCUACGUAGGGUUUUGUCUUAAACAUAUGGCUAAUAAAAUGGAAAUGAAUCUGUAAAAUCUUGUGUAUGUUUUUGUCAUGAUAAAAAUAUGUGAAAUCUCUUUGUUUUCUACCGUGUGAUUGUGACUUUAGCUUGUGGAUUUCGUGUUAAGUAUAUGGUGAUAUAAAGAUA